CACUGUGCAAUGCUGCAUAUUUCUGCUUUCUGGCGCAGAGAGCUGAAAGUAUAUAAAGGGUCCGGUCUGAGAGGAAGGAGAGAGCGGCUGCAACAUGCCCGCGGCUGGUGUGGAAAACCAGUGUGGAGGGACCUCAUCAGCAUCAGCCGCAGAGAGAAAGCAUUACAGCUUUAGCUCCCAGUCAGGCAAUGGCUAUGAACAUCAGUCUGGUACUGGGUUCAACCAUCGUGGUCCAAACCAGGACCGCAAUUCCCAGUUUGCAGAUGGAUCAGAGAUAAAUGCUCUGCCCACUCCGGUUGCAAACCCCCCCAUUAUUUACACCAAGUUGUUCAUCAGUAAUGAGUGGCAUGACUCAUGCAGUGGCCGAAAGAUUCCUGUGUAUAAUCCCACCACCGGGGAGCUGCUGUGUGAAGUGGAGGAGGCUGACUCUGAAGACGUAGACAAGGCGGUGAGGAGUGCCAGAGCUGCUUUCCAGAUGGGAUCACCGUGGCGAUCUAUUGAUGCCUCAGAGCGAGGCGUCUUACUUAACAGACUUGCUGAUUUAGUGGAGAGAGACCGACUCUUGCUAGCAACACUAGAGGCUCUAAACUGUGGCAAGGUGUUCCUGAUGGCAUAUUUUGUAGAUCUGAUGGCUACAAUCAAGACCUUGAGAUAUUACAGCGGCUGGGCAGACAAGAUUCAUGGAAAAACCAUCCCCGUAGACGGCGACUACUUUACGUACACGCGGCAUGAGCCCAUCGGAGUAUGUGGCCAGAUCAUUCCUUGGAACUUCCCGCUGAUGAUGUUCGUGUGGAAGAUCGCUCCUGCUCUGUGCUGUGGGAACACUGUGGUCAUCAAGCCGGCCGAACAGACCCCUUUAUCAGCUCUGCAUUUGGCUGCACUCAUCAAAGAGGCUGGGUUUCCUCCAGGAGUGGUGAACGUGGUACCUGGUUAUGGUCAGACAGCAGGCUGUGCCAUUUCUUACCACAUGGAUGUAGACAAAGUAGCCUUUACUGGAUCUACUGCUGUUGGGAAACUCAUCCAGAAGGCUGCAGGUGAAAGCAACCUGAAGAGAGUUACACUAGAACUCGGUGGAAAAAACCCAAAUAUUGUCUUUGCAGACUGUGACUUAGAGUAUGCAGUGGAGCAGGCCCAUAGUGGUCUGUUCUUUAAUCAUGGCCAGUGCUGUCUGGCGGGAUCCAGGGUAUUUGUAGAGGAACCGAUCUACGAGGAGUUUGUCCGCCGCAGUGUGGAGAAAGCCAGGUCCAAAGUCCUGGGAAACCCACUCUUACCAGGGGUGGAUCAGGGACCUCAGAUUGACCAGAAGCAGUUUGAUAAGAUAAUGGAGCUAAUAGAAAGCGGGAAGAGAGAGGGUGCAACGCUGGAGUGUGGUGGCUCUCCAUGGGGUCAGCAGGGACUUUUCAUCCAACCCACCGUGUUCUCAAAUGUCAGAGACCAUAUGCGUAUUGCUAAAGAAGAGAUAUUUGGCCCAGUGCAGCAGAUUAUGUGUUUCCAUAGCAUCAGUGAAGUCAUCCAGAGAGCCAAUGCCACACAGUACGGGUUGGCAGCAGGAGUCUUCACUAAUGACAUCAACAAAGCCCUUACAGUCUCCUCUGCUCUGCAAGCUGGCAUGGUCUGGGUGAACUGCUACAAUGCCAUGAAUGUGCAGUGUCCAUUUGGUGGCUUCAAGAUGUCUGGGAAUGGGAGAGAACUGGGGGAAUAUGCACUGCAGGAGUACACUGAGGUCAAGGCAGUCACCAUCAGAAUCUCACAGAGGAGCUUGUGAUGCUGUCAGACUAACUUUUUCCUCAUGUUAAAACUGUCAGCCUGUGUCAGAUCAUUAGAUCAUGUUGCACCUGCAUUUUUUUGUAGCCACUUUAUUAAUAUUUAUUCCAGUGUGUGCUCAGACAUUUCAUUUUCAUUGUAUACUGCCAGGAUUACAUGACUUUUAUCUAUUUUGUUCCUCUAGUGUACAGAUUUGUGAGCAGUGUGUUAUUUAUAGUGUUGUCUCUUGUGCGUUUCAUAGUUUAGUUACCCCUUAAAUGGCAAUUUUCCAUAAAUUAAACUUUUUAAUACAUGUCAUGCAAAAAAUAGAAAGACGGUUCACACACUAUGU